AAAAAACUGUGGAAGUAAUUGCAGUCCAACUCCUCCAAUCCAACUACAGGUCCUCGUCGCGAAAAAAUCUUUGCUUAGAAACGUCAAAAGUCGACCAUCCAUCCCAUAGCUCCCAAUUCGACAUAUAUUCUCUUCCGGUACACUCAUAUCUGCAUAUCAUAUCGAGGUUGAUCUCCGAUUUUCGCAACCCUUCUCCCAACCAAACGAAGAUGAAGAGAGUUUUCGGAGUUAAGAAAAACACAGAACCUCCUCCCUCAAUUCAAGACGCUUCGGAUCGGAUCAAUAAAAGAGGUGACACUGUGGAUGAUAAAAUCAAGAGGCUGGAUGCUGAACUUGCUAGAUACAAAGAACAAAUAAAGAAAACCAGACCUGGUCCAGCUCAAGAGGCUGUCAAAGCUCGAGCCAUGAGGAUUCUCAAGCAAAAGAGGAUGUAUGAAGGUCAGCGUGAUAUGCUCUACAACCAGACAUUCAACCUAGACCAAGUAGCGUUUGCUUCUGAGGGGAUUAAAGAUGCUCAGCAAACAGUGACAGCUUUGAAAUCCGCUAAUAAAGAGCUGAAGGGAAUGAUGAAGACUGUGAAGAUUCAAGACAUUGAUAACUUGCAAGAUGAAAUGAUGGACCUGAUGGAUGUUAGUAAUGAAAUUCAAGAAACCCUUGGUAGAAGCUACAGUGUUCCUGAUGACAUUGAUGAGGAAGAACUAAUGGGUGAGCUUGAUGCUUUGGAAGCGGACAUGGAGAGUGAAGGGGAUGGUGUCCCUUCAUACCUUCAGCCUGACAAGGAGGAGGCUGAUAUGUUGGGUUCAGAGCUUAACUUGCCAGCUGCACCUACCGGCCAUGCUCCUAUAGCUAACAAUCAGGGUGAAGAUGAAUUGGGCUUACCUGCUGUACCCCGUGCCUCACUUCGUGGCUGAGCUUGCCACCUGUUACUACUACUAGUACAUUACUUAGAACCCAUCAUUAUUAUUUUUCCUAAUGUCAGCAAGAUAUAGAUGCGCAGCGUACAGUGUUUCUUUGUUUGGUGGUAUUCCUUAUGGAUCAGUAUGUUGAUGCCCCGUUGAUAUGGACAACUAGUCUGGUACUUCUGCAUUCUAUUCUUGUUAUAAACACAAGCACAACCGUCACUCCCAGUUUAUCCAAGAGGAUGAAUGCAUGUUAUCACGUAUAUAUUCUUUUCUCACUUUAAAGAAUGUUCAACAGCUAAAACAUACCGUAGAAAGAAACCAACAUGACGAAAUAUGAAG